UUUGUCGGCACCAAAGGCAGAAAAGAAAGCCAAUGGCGUCUUCAGGCCUCGCAGUUGCAGCAACAGCCUCGUCAGCCUGGCUCUGCUGCCCCAAUCAUCACAUCCAUACCAGCAGCAGCAGAUCUCGCAAGCAUCUUCUUCUCCAUGGCCUGUACGGGUCUGCACCUGCACGUACUAGGGGACGACGGCCGCCGGUGUGGACUGCGGCGGCGGCCACCGCAGCAGCGCCGGCGGACACGGCGGCGUCGGCGCGGCGGGAGCAGGUGGAGAUCGCCCGGUCGCUGAACGCGUGGGUGGAGGAGAACAUGCUCCCGCUGCUCACCCCCGUCGACUCCGCGUGGCAGCCGCACGACUUCCUUCCCUGCUCGGCCGCGGGCGGCGGCGAGGCGCUGGCGGCGUUCACGGAGGGCGUGGCCGAGCUGCGCGCGGGCGCCGCCGGCGUGCCGGACGAGGUGCUGGUCUGCCUCGUGGGGAACAUGGUGACGGAGGAGGCGCUCCCGACGUACCAGAGCAUGGGCAACCGCGCCGAGGGCCUCGCCGACGGCACCGGCGUGAGCCCCCUCCCCUGGGCGCGCUGGCUCCGCGGCUGGACCGCCGAGGAGAACCGCCACGGCGACCUCCUCAACCGCUACCUCUACCUCUCCGGCCGCGUCGACAUGCGCCAGGUCGAGGCCACCGUGCACCGCCUCCUCCGCAACGGCAUGGAGAUGCUGGCGCCGGCGAGCCCGUACCACGGCCUGAUCUACGGCGCGUUCCAGGAGCGCGCCACCUUCAUCUCCCACGGCCACACGGCGAGGCUCGCGGGGCAGCACGGCGACCGGGCGCUCGCCAAGAUCUGCGGCGUGAUCGCCGCCGACGAGAGGCGGCACGAGGCGGGCUACACGAUGGCGUCCGGCAGGCUGUUCGAGCUCGACCCGGACGGCAUGGCGCGCGCGCUGGCGGACGUCAUGCGCGGGAAGGUGACCAUGCCGGGGCAGCUCAUGUCGGACGGCCGCGACGGCGACGGCGAGCACAGCCUGUUCGCCCGGUUCUCCGCCGUGGCGGAGCGCGCCGGCGUGUACACGGCGAGGGACUACGGCGACCUCGUCGAGCACUUCGUGCGGAGGUGGCGGGUGGCGGAGCUCGCGGCGGGGCUCUCCGGCGAGGGCCGACGCGCGCAGGAGUACCUGUGCGGGUUGGCGCCCAAGAUCCGGAGGAUGGAGGAGCUGGCCCACCGGAGGGCGGCCCGCAUCGAGCCCGCCAUGGCCCGUUUCAGCUGGAUCUUCGAUAGGCCCGUCAUGCUGGGCUGAUCAACCCGGGGCUUCUGUUAUGGUUUUAUGGGCCCGUUUACUGGGCUCUGCUUGCUCAAAUUAUAAUAAGCUACAUCGUGUGCUAAAAUAAUUUAUCUUUGUUAUUAAGGAUUCGUGUGAGAAAGCUAUUUUGUUUUCUGUAGCAAGUUUAGGAAUGUAAUGUAAUGUAAUGAAGCGGCAGGACGACUGCCAUUUGAUUAAGAAAAGACUCGCGCUUGUUUGUAGCCCAAAA